UUUCUCUUUUAGUCAGUUGUGGGCUUGGUCCAUGUCUGAAGCUCACAAUAUUCUCUCUCUUCCUUCAGGUUUUGCUAUUGUUUUUGCCUUGGUCAAUCCAUUCUUUGGACAUCUAUCAGAUCAGAUCAGCCGGAGGACCCUCAUGUGUCUGGGAGUAACGUAUUGGACUCUGUUUGUUGCGAGCUGUUCCGUAAUUCCCCAGGAGUGGGGUUGGACCAUCCCUUUUAUACGGAGUGCCGUGGCCGCAAUAGAAAGUUUUUUUGCAGGCAUUUCCCUGACCCUGAUUGAUGACCUGUGCCCACCUGAAAAUCGUCGAGGGACUUUAUGCAUGUUUAACAGUGUCAGCUAUAUAAUGGGGUAAGCUGCAAGUUGUACCUGGAUUCCUGCUACAUUCCUGUUGGUUUGUGUGUGGAUUCUGUUAUAUUAACCCUGAAUCUCCUUGGUUCUGUUACAGUGCCUUUGGGAUCAUUGUGGGAGCAAUUGUGCCAGUCUACUUAGGCUCAAACUGGCGUCAUGCACUGCAGGUAAGGAAAAUUCAACCGGGUACCAUUAAUUAUAUUGGGGUGAUGGGAAGAUACAAUUGAAUAUUGGCUAAACAUUAAGAGAUAAAUAAAACAGUGGUUGUUGUGAGAUAUUAGCCUUUUAUUAUCAGUUUAGUUGAUUGGAUACUCUACAUGAAAAGAGAUACAUGGCUGGGUACUUAACUGCUGUUUUCUUUGGACACAGGCAGUUGCAGGCUUGGGAUUAGUGUGCCUAGUGUUGCUAAUCUGUUUCAUGAAGGAACCACCUAGAUGCUACACUGAGGACCACAGUGAUGACCCUCAGAUGCAGAUCCUCAGUUUCCAAUAUAUUUGGAAGUUGACCUCCUCCUUCUUCAAAAAUCUGAGGAUGCUAUUUAAAAUGUGAGUAUUAUUUAUGAUAAAUAACAAUCAAAUGGAAAAUUGCAGAAGAUGUAUAUAUUACUAAUCCCUCUCCUCCACUUUCAGACGGAGCUUUGUUUUUCUCACCUUUGCUUCAUGG